AUGGCAUUAUAUUUCUCAAAUCAGUCAUUAUACAUCUUUCCACCUCAUAAUCCACAAGCCUUACCAACAGUACAUUAUAAAACACCAGUUGUUAAUAACCGUAUAAUACCCCAAUAUCCAGAAGAACUAACACAGAUAAUACGUAAUGAUAAUUUGAGUGAUAUUUGGACUGUAGAAAGAACGUUGGAAUACUUGUUGUUAUCUGGAUUAGUAUGUGAAGCUACAUGGUUUGCUGAUAAGAUGGGAGAUUGGAAAGCAGCUUUUUUACUGUCUGUUGCUUGUGAACAACAUAAACAAACUGCUGUAUCGCUAUAUUCCAAGUAUGUAGGUUUGUCAAAAUCUCGUAAUCCCAGAUUGCUCAUCAAGGGGCUGCUCGAUUGCUGA